AUGUGUUGACCAAUUUCUUCUUUCCGAUACUUUACUACCAAUAUCUCACACAUUCUCGUUGAGAUAUGCAUAACUCCGGUUCUAAUCAUUUCAAUCUCACUUAUUUUCUACUUUAUACCAAAACAUGUGACCAUUAAUUUUCUUGAAAUAAAUUCCCUAUACAAUUUAUACUUGAUAUUCAGCAAAGCUUAUUAUUUAGGGUAAUCAAGGAUCCGAAAAUAUCUUUUUGUUAAAGGACCAGUUGGAACCAAUCAUCACCUCAGCCAAAAAAUUCAGACACCUUUCUUCUGAGGAAAAGAACCCCCAAAAAAAUGGGAAGUUCAAGUGCUCUAUUGACUCAAACUCAUUGUUUUAAAUGUUUAAAUUCAAGAACUUCACUAAAUAUCAAUCCAACAAGGCCAAGAUUGAAUCUUUCUAGCAGAAAGUACAUGAAAAAGUUCAGUAGACUUGUUGUUUGUUCUGCUGUUGAAGAUUCUAUGGAGAAACAGAGAGAAAUCAGUGGUGCAAAUUCUAGUAGUCCUGGUUCAGCUGUUGAAGAUAGGCCUGAUGUCGGUGAUGGCUCAAGCGAGAGUGUAUUUAAGAAUGUUGGAUCAGAUAGUGAAGGGAACACCGUUUAUGAUUUCCUUUACCCUAGUAAAGAGCUCCUACCAGAUGAUAAAGAAAUGACCUUAUUAGAUCAUUUGGAGGAGUUACGCCAGAGGCUUUUCGUGUCUGUUUUGGCCGUUGGUGCUGCUAUAGUGGGAUGUUUUGCUUUCUCAAAAGAAAUUAUCUUGAUUCUUGAAGCCCCUGUGCUAGCACAAGGUGUUCGAUUUUUGCAACUAGGUCCAGGAGAGUUCUUUUUCACCACUUUAAAGGUUUCAGGAUAUAGUGGCCUUCUCUUAGGAGCUCCGGUGAUUCUCUACGAGAUCAUAGCCUUUGUUCUUCCUGGUUUAACAAUGUCAGAAAGAAGAUUCCUGGCACCAAUUGUCCUUGGAUCAUCUGUGCUUUUUUACGCUGGCAUUGUUUUCUCACACUUGGUUCUCACUCCGGCAGCUUUGAAUUUCUUUGUUAAUUAUGCAGAAGGGGCUGUGGAAUCUUUUUGGUCCAUUGAUCAAUACUUCGAAUUUGUGCUUGUACUCAUGUUCAGCACAGGAUUGUCUUUCCAGGUUCCUGUCAUUCAACUGCUUCUGGGACAAACUGGUCUUGUGUCGGGAGAUCAAAUGCUGUCGAUUUGGAGAUACGUGGUGGUAGGUGCUGUCGUUGCUGCUGCAGUGCUUACACCAUCAACUGAUCCCCUUACUCAAUUACUUCUAGCUGGUCCCCUUUUGGGUCUUUACUUGGGUGGAGCAUGGAUGGUUAAGCUUUCUGGGCGAUGAACGAUAACGCUUCUGUUCUUUGCAUCAAUAUACCAAGAACUACUAGUAGAAUAUGAUCAUUCAUAGGGAUAUAUGAUCUGUUUUUUGAAUAUCAUGUACUAUGGACACUGUCCAAUGUCUAUAAUUAGUUGCUUAGUUUGACACUCCAUUCCCAAAGUCAUUUUAUUGGAUCUUUUCACUAAUAUAUGAAAGAGAAUAGUCAUGGUUUUGCAUUA